UCUACCCUGCUGUUAUAUGGGAUAAAACCCAAUAAAUGGCCUUUCACCGACCAGAAUCCAAAACCCCAAAACCCUCGAUUACCUGCGUGUGAAUUGUGGGAGGAGAAACUGAGAAGGCGAGAAUCAGCGGCAACGGCGAAGCUUACUCCCCCGAUUCCGGCUCCGGCGAAGCUUUUUCCUAUUUAUCCGGUUCUGGUAAGAAACACAUUAGGAGGAAAUGGUACAGAAGAAAGGGGCUGUUAGGGUUUCAGAAGAUGCUGAGGAGCUGGCUCAUAUUCCAUUGCAAGCUGUCCUCUUGGCCGAUAGCUUUGCUCAAAAGUUCCGCCCAAUUACACUUGAGCGUCCUAAGGUUCUCUUACCACUGGUUAAUGUUCCCAUGAUUGAGUACUCCUUAGCUUGGCUCGAGUCUGCUGGGGUGGAAGAAGUUUAUGUCUUCUGUUGUGCGCAUUCCAAGCAAGUGAUUGAUUACUUGGAGAAUUCCCAGUGGCUUAGCCAACCAAAAUUUUCAGUCACAACAAUAGAGUCCCAUGAUUCUGUUAGUGCCGGAGAUGCGCUGCGGUUGAUUUAUGAGCGGAAUGUGAUACAUGGAGAUUUCAUCCUCAUAAGUGGCGAUACUGUGAGCAACAUGUCCCUUACACAGGCACUUAAAGAACAUAAAGAACGAAGGAAAAAAGAUACUAAUUCUGUAAUGACCAUGGUCAUCAAACAAUCAAAGCCUUCUCCGUUGACUAAGCAAACUCGACUUGGUAAUGAUGAGCUGUUUAUGGCAAUUGAUCCGGUUACAAAGCAGCUUCUGUAUUAUGAGGAUAAGGCAGACCAUUUGAAGGGAACUAUUACUCUUGAUAAGAUGAUGCUAGUAGAUAAUCCUGCAGUUUCAGUCCACAACGACAAACAGGAUUGCUACAUUGAUAUCUGCUCUCCAGAAGUUCUUAGUCUUUUCACCGACAAUUUCGACUAUCAACAUCUCCGGCGUCAUUUUGUCAAAGGACUUCUUGUUGAUGACAUAAUGGGCUACAAAAUCUAUACUCAUGAAAUCAACUCAAGCUAUGCGGCUAGAGUAGACAAUUUCAGAAGCUAUGACACCAUCAGUAAGGAUAUAAUCCAGAGGUGGACGUACCCUUUGGUGCCUGAUGUUCAUUUUUCUGGAAAUCACCCAACUAAAUUAGAAAGACUGGGGAUGUACAGAGCAUCUGAGAUAUCGCAAUCACGUUCUGCACAAAUUGGUCCUUUUACAUUGGUUGGAAGGGGCACAAAACUCGGGGACAACUCAAAACUCUCCAAUUCAGUAAUUGGCGAAGGUUGCACUAUUGGAUCCAAUGUAUCAAUUGAGGGUUCCUAUAUUUGGAAUGAUGUCACGAUUGAGGAUGAUUGUAAAUUAAGGCAUGCAAUCGUUUGUGAUGGGGUGGUAAUUAAGUCAGGAGCUGUUCUGGAGCCUGGGGUUAUUUUAUCAUUCAAGGUAUAUAUAUAUAUAUAUAUAUAUCGCUAUGCUCAUAUCUGGAAAUUAAUUAGCUCUUUGCUCUCGUUUCCUAUGAUUUCAUCGGACUUAUUUUCAACAUUGUAAAUUUGAUAUUCAGUUUCUUUGACAUUCAUCAUUUCAUUGUAUCUACGGUCAGUGGACAGUGGUCAUUGAUGGAGCAACAAUCAAAAUCUGGCAACAGUGACAUGGCUAGAUAUGUAAAUAUCUCCAAAGUAGAACAUUCCAAGUACUUUUCAUAGUUAACCCAGGGUGGCCUCUUUAACAGAUUGUGUUAUUGGGUCACUUUUGGAACCAAUAUUUGUGAAAACAAGCCAAAAUACUGGUUUGUGAUGCAUGGUUUUGUCUGACCCACUUGAUCUCAUUUUGUGAACUGGCAAAUGAGCUAAUACAGGUCUUUUUGUCUCUAUGAUAAUAAUUUAUAUAUAUUGUUGUGGUAGCCUCCCCAUUUGACUGAAUCUUUUGAAGUGGUCACUCGCAACCCCUGCCCCCCCCCCCCCGCCCCACAAAAAAAAAUAAAAAACUGUUUCUAGGAUUGGCUGGGCUUUAUUGACUAAGGUUCCUGUUCAAGAGUGAAAGGAAUCUAUGACUUUUGAGAUGUCUGAUGCUUUGAUUAUGGAAAGCUGUUUUCUGUCUUCUUUUAUCUUUCCAUCAUAUAUUAUUUAGUUUAGGCUAAUAGGAAGUUAUAAGUAAGUCGGACCGAGGGCAGCUCAUACAUGCAUGUAAUUAUGGGUAUGCUUGUAAAGCAAGUCCAACGGAAAAAACUCUAAAAAUAAAAUAUAAUGGUUGAAAAGAAUCUGUGAAGUUGGAACACGUUGAAGCUUCGUAUCAGGUUUAGGCAAGCCACAUCCAUGACCAUGUUAUAUUUGGAGGCGCCCAUGAGUGCAUGUCUGACACAACAGUUGUGGAUAUUAGAGAAAUUAUAUGCAAUGUUUGGGAUGGGAACAUUUAGGUACUGUAAAAUUUCUGAUUUGGUUGUGUUCUGAAUAAGAUACUUCUCAAAUACCUUGAAACUUAAAGUUUCUGAAAUUAGCUGCCCUAUGAGAAUGCCAAUUUUUUUUUUCUUUUGGUGUCAGGAGAGUAUGGAGAUGGCAUUGUCUCACAACUGAAUCACCACCACCAGCUGCCAUCUGGGGUGUUUCUGCUGUUGUAUUGUGGAUAAUGAGGGGAGGAGGGAGAACUUUUGGUGGAAAGAGGGUCUUUCCUGCCAUAUGUGGAUGAUUUAUGCAGCCACCAAAGAUCCCAAGAGUUGGAAUUGAGGUUUUGAUUGGUGCAGCACAGGCCCAGGUUAAGAAUAUUUUCUGGUAAAUCAAGUGCUUGUUGCUUGGUAGCCAUAUAUAUUAGAGCAGCCAACAACUGAAAUAAGAAGAAAAUAAGAGAA